AUGGGAAAAAUUUUUUCAAGUCCUUAAGACUAAAAUCGAUAGAAUGUAGUUCUUUAAAAAUAAUUUAAAGAAAUUAAUGACUCUAGCCAACCAUGUGUUUCUAUUUCAACCCAUCGGCCAAAAUAGUCUUAAGGAGAGACUAAUCACUAGGAUUAUCCAUGCUCAUAUAUAUUUUAAGAAACCAAAUCAUAAACAGCUCAGCAGGAAUCUGAAAAUAUUUAAAGAGUUUCCUUAGAUGAAUCUCAUGAACAAAUUGUAAUUGAUGCUAGCGGAAGAUUAGUUAAAAGCCAAGAAAAUUUCAAUCAAAAUCAUAUAUGUUAUUAUUGCAAUAAAUAAAUUGAAGAAUUACUUAUCAAAGUGAUAUGUUAGCAUAAAUAUCAUCAUGAGUGCUUUGUAAAAUUAAUUGAAUAGUAAUUCCUUUAAUCUGAUAGACAUUAUAUUAAAUGUAAAUGUGGAACUAAACUGAAUCCCAAUCUUUUGAGAUAAAUAGUCGAUAAAGAAGUUAGAUAUAAAAUGUUAUAUUAAUUAUUCUCUUCAUAACUUUAAAUAAUAUUGAAAACUUCAAUAAUAAGAAAAAACCCUGAUCAUAAUCAAAUUGUUUAACUCGUUUAAUCCAAUACAGUUUAAUAAGAUUUUGAUUAUUAAUAAAUUGUUAAUCAAACUGAACAAAUGUAAAUUAAAAUAUAAGAGAUUUAAUUUAAAUCUAAUGGAAUGUUAUAUUAAAGUGCAUCAAAAUUAUUAAUUACUAGCAACUGUUAAGUAUGUCAGAAGUAGAUUGAUUAAAAUGUAAUCAAAUUAAAUUGCGACCAUUUUUAUCAUAUAAACUGCUUUCUAGAAUGGAUGGAAAUGUAAAUUACAGAUAGGACUAAGCAUAUAGUUAAGUGUAAAUGCGGGAGCAAAUUAAGCACAAAUAUCAUUAGAACUUUACCUGAUCUUCCAAAACGAAUGAUGCUACUUAAUCAAUUAUUUUCUUCAUAAUUGAUUUGUAUCCUAAAACUAUUAAAGAAAAAGGAUGAUUUUAUCUAAAUUAUGGAACUUUUUCAUAGAUUUUAGAAUACAGAGGACUACGAUUAUAUAUCGCAUACGGGCUUUAUUUAUUAGAGCAAUACUGAUACCCCAGACGGAGAAUGA